CUUCAAUGGAGGUCCUCCGCUUGGCAUCCUUCUCCUGCAUCGAAAUCUGGUAGAGAAGUUCAUCCCUCCCCACAAAGUCUCUCAUCCUCUCUCUGUGAGAAACGUCCGAAAGGCUUCAUUAUCGGCCCGACCGCCCAGCGCACCACCCCGCGCUCCCAUAGAUAUACCCCCAACCACAACCUCAAGAAAUUGACCGCAAGCGACCAAAGAGACGCGCAGGAUCUGCAACCAGCAUCAGUGUCUCGCUAAUCUCUGCCAAGACCGAUCGCAGAUGUACCACGCAUGUGCAUAGCGCUUGCGGCGAGACGGAGGCGGGGGUGGCAUUAAAGCAGGCCGGCGGCCCCAGCUUCAGCGCCCUUCACGCCCUGAAAAGCUGCCCGCCGGAGAGGCAGUCCAGCUUCACGACCACCUGCGACCCCGAAUUCCCGCUCGGGGCCAUGCAACAGCAGCUGACGCCCCCCGACAGCGACAUGCCGCCGCUGGAGGAUCACGACUGGGCGAGCCGUCUCCCCCAGACGGACCACGUGCGCUUCUUCCGCGAGACAGACUGGGCGGGCAGCAGGCUGGGGCCGCUGAAAGACUGGAGCCCGACGCUGAAGCUCUUCACGCGCAUGCUCUUUGCGGACUCCCGCGCCGCGUGUCUGUGGUGGGGACCAGACCUCAUAGCCAUCUACAACGACGCCUACGCCCCGCUCGCCGCCCAGGCCCACCCCAAGCUCAUGGGCUCGACCUUUCCGGACGGCUAUCCUGACCUGUGGGAGGGGAUAAAGCCCUAUUUCGAUAGGGCGAGGGAGACGGGCAUGGGCGUGGACUACUCGCCGGCCGUGCCUCUCAUGGUCGAGCGGCGAGGAUGGCGGGAGGAGGCCUUCGUCAACGGCAACUUUGUCCCCAUCGGCGGCGGACCCGCGAACCAUCCCGAAGGCUUCUACAAUUCGCUGUUCGAGGUGACGAGCCAGCGACUGGCCGACCGGAGGACAAUGCUGCUGAACCGCCUAGCCUCCGUGCCGGACGUUACCACCGAUGCCGUCUGCAACCAUAUCCUCGAAACGCUGGGUACGAACGGCGAGGACACCCCUCUGGCGAUGCUAUACGAGCUGGACGAGAGGGCAGCGUCUACAAUCUUGCGGUUACGCGGGCAUGUCGGCCUCCCCAGGGGGCACAACUUGAUAGUGGACAACCAGGACAUAUGCAGCUCGGAAGGUCUGGUGCCAGACUGCCGGCGUGCAGGGUCGGAGGCGAUUACAAUCGACUACGACGAGCGAUUCGACUCUAUUUCCUGGUCCGGCUUCGGUUCACCGUCGAAGAAAAUCGCAAUCCUGCCCAUCAAGAACGGAUCUCGCGUCUUCGGCUACCUCAUCGCAGGCACGAACCCUUGCCGGCCCCACGAUGACGCCUGCCAGCAGUUCUUGAAGGACCUGAGCCGGAUGGUGUCAAGCAUUAUUUCGGCAGCUGUCAACGCCGAAGAGACGAGAAAACGCCAGGAGCAGCUCGAGAAAGAUCUUGCGCUCAGCGAUAUGAAGCUGCGGCAUUUGACCGAACACGCUUCAGUGGGAAUGGCCCAUAUUUCCUUGGAUGGCUACUUCAUCUGGGCUAAUGACCAAUACUAUACUCUAUCCGGACUGCCAUCAGACGAGCAACAGGGUAAGUGGAGGUUCUUCGAUGUGUACCACGACGACGACCGACCGAAGGCCGAAGAGUCUUGGACCCACCUCCUCGAAGGUGCCAACCACAUCAACGUCGAAUUGCGUUUAAAGCGCAUGUACACGUCGCCCAUUGGUGACGCCGAGCCCGCCCAGCUUCAACUCCUUGCCUUCCCGUAUCGGGAGAAUGGCAAAGUGAAGUCCAUCAUGGCAUGCACCACCGACAUUAGCAGGCUGAAGUGGGCCCAGACCUUCCAGGCACGACUAGCAGCAGAAGCCCGGGAAGCAAAACGACAACAGGAGGCCUUUAUCGACGUUGUCUCACAUGAGAUGCGCAACCCGCUAAGUGCUAUCGUGCACUGCGCCGACGGCAUCACCACUGCUAUCGACGAGUGCCGCGCUAGAGUUGCAGAGAUUCCAGAGCCCUGUCUUGACACGCUCAACGAUAAUGUUGCCGCCGCAAAAAUCAUCAUGCAGUGUGCAAACCAUCAAAAGCGCAUCAUUGACGAUGUCCUCACCCUGAGCAAGCUCGACUCGAUGCUGUUAUCCAUCACGCCUAGCGCCGUGCGACCGAUGAAGCUCAUCAGCUCCAUCGUCAGAAUCUUUGAAGCCGAACUGAAGUCGAAUAACAUCCGACACCAUAUCGACUCGGACCGCUCUCUAUCGCAGCUGGACGUUGACUAUGUAUAUCUAGAUCCGUCGCGCGUUACACAAAUCUUCAUCAACCUCUUAACCAAUGCUAUUAAAUUUGUCAAGCCCUCGAAAGACCCCGUAAUUUCCAUCCGAUUUGGCGCUACACUCUCCAACCCGCGUGCUUUCUUCCCAGAGGAUAUGUUUUGGGCCUCGAGAAGCAAGCGUGACGGCGAUGUUACGAGCAACCCCGAAUGGGGAAGCGGCGAAGAGAUGUACCUCACCUUUAGUGUGCAAGACUCUGGCAUCGGGCUAAGAGGCAAGGAAAUCCACAAAAUAUUCGAAAGGUUCCGGCAAGCAAAUAUGAAGACGCACGUCAAGUACGGCGGAAGCGGGCUCGGUCUGUUCAUAUCCAAAGAGUUAACUGAGAAGCAGGGUGGGGAGAUUGGUGUAUCGUCUGUCCUGGGCCAGGGCUCGACGUUCGGCUUUUACGUCAAGACGCGGCGUGUUGAAAGACGACCACAGACGCUUGGUGAGCUGUACCGGGAAUGCGGCGGCAUCGGCCCGGCGCCGCAGCAACUCCACGUCCUACUCGUCGAGGACAACAUCAUCAACCAGCAAGUCCUAGGAAAGCAGCUCAAGAAAGCCGGAUGCCUCGUCGACGUCGCGAACCACGGUCUGGAGGCCCUCGACAUCCUAGAAAAGAAAGUCUUCGACGUCGUUCUGAUGGACCUCGAAAUGCCCGUUCUGAACGGGCUCGCUGCCAUGCAAGAGAUCCGGAAAAGGGAAGUGGACGGUGAGGGAUUGCUCGGUCAGGCUAUGGAGGUUGGGCCGAGAGGAGGCGUGAGGUUGCCGAUCAUUGCGGUUACGGCGAACGUGCGGCAGGAGCAGAUUGACACCGCGAUUGCCGCGGGUGCAGACCGAGUGAUGCAGAAGCCCUUCAAGGCGGCAGAUCUGGUCUAUAUGAUGAAAGGUCUGGUCCCGCAGGUUACGACUCCGUCGACUGAGCCUCCGACGCCGGGAGUGCAUGAGCGGAUGAAUGGCUUGUUCACCUGAGGAGAACACACAAAGGGGACGGUGUGGCCAAUGGGAUUCGAACGACGCUGUGGUGUACUCCUGCUAAGCAUACUCCAGCACAUUUUAAGGGUAAGGCGUUGUGCUGACCCUUCUGGGCCAUCGGACCUUAAACAAAGCAAUAAAACGAGGAGUGGAGUCGCACUGAGCAUCGUUUCAACAGCAGGAGGAUGUGCGCCUCAGGACUGCUAUUACCCAACAUAAGGUUAACAGGAAGGCCAAGCUUAGCAACAACAACGAGAAGGGGCCUUAUACCUUUCCCAAAAUGGGACGGAAAACAUCCAGUGGGCUGGCGAUUCGAGUGGGGUGGUUGUGGAGCGACACAAAAAUGGAGGUAUAUACAUUGUAGCUCGAGAGCGGGAGCUUCCUGUACCUUAAUAGUGUAUUAAGCACUGUGGCAUACCUAGAUGGGGGUCUGUAUGCCUCGAAUGAAUGCGGGAAAUCUAUG